AAGCAUAUGACUUGAGUGAGUUGCAUUACCAACUUCCUUUUCUACUGUGGCCGCCAUUCAGUAAGGAGCGUGGUUCCCGGCGAGCCGAGAUAAUAAUACAAAAAUGGCUUGUGCCCGGCCUUUAAUCUCAAUCUACUCCGAUAAGGGAGAGAGCUCAGGCAAGAAUGUCCUUAUGCCUGCAGUGUUCAAGGCUCCUAUACGCCCGGACAUCGUCAACUUCGUGCACACCAACAUGCGGAAGAACAGCCGCCAGCCCUAUGCCGUGAGCGCACUGGCAGGUCACCAGACCAGCGCUGAGUCCUGGGGCACAGGCAGAGCCGUGGCCCGUAUCCCCAGAGUGAGGGGAGGCGGUACCCACCGUUCUGGUCAGGGAGCCUUCGGGAACAUGUGUCGCGGGGGUCGUAUGUUCGCCCCCACCAAGACCUGGCGCCGCUGGCACCGUAGGAUCAACACCACCCAGAAGCGCUACGCCAUCUGCUCCGCCCUGGCUGCGUCCGCUCUGCCCGCCCUUGUCAUGUCCAAAGGACACCGCAUUGAGGAGAUCCCAGAGGUUCCUCUGGUGGUGGAGGACAAAGUGGAGGGCUACAAGAAGACCAAGGAGGCCGUGUUACUGCUGAAGAAGCUGAAGGCAUGGAAUGACAUCAAGAAGGUGUACGCGUCCCAGCGCAUGCGUGCUGGGAAGGGUAAGAUGAGGAACCGCAGGCGUAUCCAGCGCAAAGGGCCGUGUAUUAUCUACAACCAAGACCAAGGCGUGACCAAGGCCUUCAGAAACAUCCCUGGAAUCACCCUGCAGAACGUGAACAAGCUCAACCUGCUGAGGCUCGCCCCCGGAGGUCACGUCGGUCGCUUCUGCAUCUGGACCGAGUCCGCCUUCCGCAAGCUGGACAACCUCUACGGAACCUGGCGUAAGCCCGCCUCACUCAAGGUCGACUACAGUUUGCCCAUGCAUAAGAUGACCAACACAGACCUGAGCAGAAUUCUGAAGAGCGAGGAGAUCCAGAAGGCACUUCGUGCACCAAACAAGAAGAUCAGGCGUAGAGUUCUGAAGAAGAACCCACUGAAGAACCUGAGGAUAAUGUUGAAGCUCAACCCCUACGCCAAGACAGCCAGACGUCACGCAAUUCUUCUGCACGACCCGGCUAUCAAGGCCAAGAUGCUGAAACCCAAGAAGAAGAAGCCAGCCAAGAAGCCAGCUGCUGCCCCAGCCGCUCCCACCAAGGCAUAAAGAAGCUCUUCUCUAAGGGAAAAAGACUGUGGGGUUCCAAGAUGGUUUCCAAUAAAAUCUAUAGAAAAAUAA